CCGGUAUCCGCCCAUAUUCGCUUAAAGGAGGCCAACCUGAGCAGCUAGGCCGGACGCUGGAUCAAAUGGAAAGUUCAAUCGAUUAAAUUCGCCCACUUUUUCUUUUUUUUUUUUUGUUUUGUUUUUUGUUGUUGCAUGUUCCCACUUGCUUCUGGAAAACGAGGUAGACCGACCUUAAAUGCGGGCGUUUUGGCGUGAAAUAGGAAAUGCAGAGAUCGUGUGAAACGAGAGGAUUAUCAGCUUGACUUAUUUGGUCGCUACUUCGGACGCGGAACUCCACUCGCUAAAAAGGUGAAUCAUGACAGAAUAUAAGCUGGUAGUGGUGGGAGCUGGUGGCGUUGGCAAGAGCGCACUUACUAUUCAACUCAUCCAGAAUCACUUUGUGGAUGAAUAUGAUCCCACCAUUGAGGACUCCUACAGAAAGCAGGUAGUGAUCGACGGAGAGACGUGUCUGCUGGACAUCCUGGACACUGCAGGUCAGGAGGAGUACAGCGCCAUGAGGGAUCAGUACAUGAGGACAGGGGAGGGCUUCCUCUGUGUCUUUGCCAUCAACAACACCAAGUCCUUCGAGGACAUUCACCACUAUAGAGAACAGAUUAAGCGAGUUAAGGACUCUGAGGACGUCCCCAUGGUGUUGGUGGGGAACAAGUGUGACCUCCCGUCCCGGACAGUGGACACCAAGCAGGCUCAGGACUUAGCACGCAGCUACGGCAUUCCCUUUAUUGAGACCUCAGCCAAAACCAGACAGAGAGUGGAAGAUGCCUUUUACACUCUGGUACGGGAGAUCAGGCUGUACCGGCUCAAUAAGCUCAGCAAGGAAGAAAAGACUCCGCGGUGUGUCAAGCUUAAAAAGUGUGUUGUGAUGUGAAAGGGGGGGUUGAUGAUGCCUUUUACACAUUAGUGCGAGAAAUCCGGAAGCAUAAGGAGAAGAUGAGCAAGGAGGGCAAAAAGAAGAAAAAGAAGUCCAAGACAAAGUGUACACUUAUGUGAAUUAUUACCCGUUUUCAAGACAGACUAAAAAAAAAAAAAAGAACUAUGUUGAACAGUUAAGUAAUACAUUUUGUACAUUACACUAAAUUAUUAGCCUCUUUCUCAAUACCCACCAUACUGAAUACUAAGCCUGAUCCAAUUUUUCUGCCUUUCUGUUAUUUGCUACUUGGACACCAAUAAGCUUUAUUUUCAGUUUAGUGCCAGUUGCCCACAUGUGUUGGUCCAACAGCCUGUUUCAUUUGAUAGGAUGACUAUGUUGAUUUGGAUAAUUUUAUAUAACUGCAGAACUGUGAGCUAAUUGCAUCGCAACUCAUGUUUGACAAAUUAUUCAUUAACAAUUCAAAGGUUUUUUGGUUUUUUUCCCCCCAUUUGCUUAAAAGGUCAUGACCUGCAAAAGUUCUGUCCUUUUUAAAAAAAAAAAAAAAAAAGUAUGGGAUGCCAAAGAAUGAAUUUUCAUCCCGAUUCUUAUAGACAAUACAGAUAUGAAGAAAGGACCAACAUUCAGCCAGAUGAGAUCCCAAUGUCCCAGCCACUGUGUAAUGUCCCCAUCUCUAAUGACCUCUAGGUAUGACUUAGUUAUGUCACUGAUAUAAGUAUGCAUGCAAACUCCUACUCUUCUCCAAAUGUUUGAACACCCUAAUUAGCUAUUAAUUAAUUUGAAAUUUGUCAAUGCUUUGUACUGUGUGGGGAGUGUUUUCUUGCCUACAUGAGAUGUUUGUUGUUUUGUUAUUUUUUUUUUUUUUUUCUUUUUGCAUGCAUUGUGUCCUAGAUGACAUGGGUAUUGCAAACUGCCUCUGGUCGAUUCGGUUAACAGAGCCCGCAACGAGGAACUCUGACCCAAGUGGACAUCAUACAGUCUAGUUUUUUCAGGUUUAUAUAAAGUUAAUCAGUACUUGCUUUUGUGUGAAAGAAAUCAGCCACCCUUUUGCUUCAUUAAUGACACAUUCAGAGAUCCAGAUUUAUACCCGUUUUGUGAUGAUAAAAUGGGACUAGCAGCCAUGUCUGUGUUUUGGCUGUGCAGAGUCAUUUCAUGUUGCAGGGAUUCAUGCCUCCUCACAGUCUAAUGUCGAACAGCUCGUUACUGAUCACAUAUUUCCUGCUUUUCUUCACUCUUAAGACUUGACUGCAGGAUUGUUUUUAAUUCAUCCUGACAAUAACUAUUUCAUUGCCGUUUGUUACAAAAUGAUGGAGUACUCCAGUCAACAUCCUCCUGAUUUGAGGCAUUCAUGUUUAAACAGUAUGAGGACCCUUUAUCAGGACCUGUGAUUCUCCAGCUGACCAUAGAGGUGUCAUGCCUUGCACAUUUUCCCAAGCUGUUGACUCCUUCGCUUGUGACUGGCUAUAACGCAGAAUGCAUCUUUUAAGCAGCUUUCAGGAAUAUUUCUCUUGGUGUGGUGUCACAGAGGUUUUCCAAAAUGUUGUCCAAAAGGAUUUUCAGAUUCUUCCUUUGGCAGAGCUUUUUAAAAGAGUUUUUGGAUUUACUUCCUAAAGUGUAGAAAUUAUUUGGUGGGCUGCCUUUCAACAGAAAUGAUUGUCCAGCAGAGUAAUUUGUCAUUUUCUCUCACAAAGCUUGUGUAUCAUGGUGACGUAACUGGAACUGAUGUUUGUAAAUGAGGCAGUAAUUGCCAUAAAAUUGGUUUUUAGAGAAAAUUGUCUGAAUUUAUAAAAAAAAAAAGUCCUGGUUGCUCUCUCGGGUCAACCCAUAUUUCACCUUUUCCAUCAUAUUUACAAGCUGUUCCCCUGGGGAUGUUUUAUUUGCCUUUAUGUUUGCAUUAGGUGCUAAAUUUGAACGGUUGAAAGAGCUGAGACAACAUUUACUUUGUCCUCUGUGCUCAAGAAAUACACAAAAUGCUGUUUUAGGGGAGCAAAGUUAUUGACACAGAAAAUCCAGACAUGAUACAUUUUUCUUUCAGGAUUAAUGAAUUUUGACCCAGUUUAUUAUUACCUCUUUUUUUCAUGAAGUAGAUAAUAACUGUUAAUGCAAUUUUAAUUAUGGAACCCUCUAAUACAGUUUCAAAAGUAGUUUUACUGUUCCUCUUCCUUUAUUGUGUGCCAACAGCUGAUUUCUGAAAUGUAUCAUUUAUACCUGGAUCAUAUUUUAACAACCUUUGUAUAGUUGUGAUACUGAAAGGUGCAUAUUUUGUAAAUUGUGCUUCAUUUCGUUGGUGUGUCUAAAUGAAUGUUGCUUUAAUGGAGUUUCACUCCGCUCUGUGUAUGUGACUAGAGAGUGUGACUGGGUCCAGGUCUAGGGAAGUGAAUGAAUGACCACUUUACAACACACCUGUUGUGGCAGUGUAGAGUGGUGAUCUGAUCUCAAAUGAGUCUAUUUUUUGCCAUGAAUCUCACCACUCCUAUUUAAUGUGUAAUAAAGAACAAAGUAAAGAGGAA